UGAGAACUCCACCGUCCUUCAUCGGAAAAUGGCGAUGAAGAACAAAUGGAUCGCUACUGUGGCCAGCAUAUGGAUUCAGUGCACCAGUGGCUCACUCUACACUUUCUCUUUCUACUCUUCCGCCCUCAAAGCCAGUCAAGGCUACGAUCAGUCAACGCUCGAUACCGUCUCCGUCUUCAAAGACUUCGGCGCUAACUCCGGUGUCCUUUCUGGUCUUCUCUACUCCACUGUCGCCUCUCCAUCCAGCUCUAUUACUUUCCGAGGAAGAAGAGGUGGGCCAUGGAUGGUGCUCUUGGCCGGUGCGAUUCAGUGCUUUCUGGGUUACUUUCUGAUGUGGCUUUCCGUCACCGGGACGAUUCAUCGGCCACCCGUUCCGGUCAUGUGUAUAUUCAUGUUGUUGGCUGCCCACGGCGUGACGUUUCUUAAUACGGCCAAUGUUGUCACUGCUGUUCUCAAUUUCCCUAAUCACAGUGGCACCAUUGUUGGCAUCAUGAAGGGUUUUCUUGGAUUGAGUGGAGCAAUACUACUUCAAGUAUAUCAAACAGUAUUCAAGGCUGGACCAACUCCAUACAUUCUGAUGCUAGCCCUGCUUCCAUUUCUAAACACUUUGUUGUUCAUGUCUACUGUAAGAUCUUAUCAAACAAAUGAAGUUGCAGAAAAGAGGCAUCUCAAUGGUUUAUCACUUCUUUCCAUUGUCACUGCAACCUAUCUUUUCUCUGUUAUAAUCAUAGAGCAAACAGUCACUCUAACCUUACCAGCACGCAUCAUUGUGUUCUUGGUGCUUGCCAUAUUGCUAGCAUCACCUCUUUAUGUAGCAGUCAAAAGGGAAAACUUUAUGGAAGCAAACCAGUUACUGAUUUCAAACAAUCAAGAUUUCUUGGAAGAAGAUGCAUCCAUGGAAGACAAGAAUCUGCUGCAAGCUAUUUGUACAGUAAACUUUUGGUGUUUGUUUCUUACCACAGCUGCUGGGAUGGGUACAGGGCUGGCCACCAUAAACAACUUAGCCCAGGUGGGUGAGUCCCUCGGCUACACGACCUCCGAAACAAGUACUCUAGUCUCGUUGUGGAGCAUUUGGAACUUUUUCGGUCGAUUUGGUGCUGGGUAUGUUUCGGAUCAUUUUCUUUAUACAAGAAAAUGGGCUAGAUCAGGGUUCAUAGCCAUCACUUUGGCACUUAUGAGCAUUGGCCAUUGUAUGAUUGCUUCUGGCUUUCCUGGGGCUCUUUAUGUAGGUUCUGUUUUGGUGGGUAUUUUUUACGGUUCACAAUGGUCCUUAAUGCCAACAAUUGCUUCGGAAGUAUUUGGGGUUUCACAUUUUGGGACCAUAUUUAAUACCAUCACAAUUGCAGGUCCGAUCGGAUCUUAUGUUAUUUCUGUAAGGGUGAUCGGUUAUCUUUAUGAUCGAGAAGUUGGUCAAGGAGGGACAACGGAUUGCAUUGGGACACGCUGCUUCAGAUUAUCGUUUCUUAUUAUGGGUUUUAUGACGCUGCUGGGGUUCGGGGUUGCGGUCGGGCUGUUCUUUCGGACAAGAAGAUUGUAUGAACAAAUUGUACUAAGAGAUCGAGGUUGUAGUUGAAAUGUAAGGAAGCACCAAGUUUGUAAAUAAAUGUCUCUGAACUAUUAUUUAGAAUAAAAAACCAUUAUACUUUCUCAUUUUGAAUGAUUAUGUAAUUGAAUACUUUUU